CAUGCAUCUUCAAGGACACGAACGGAACAUGCAAUUGCAUCCCUUAUUUCAAUUAUCUACAUGGUAUUUGGUACUGUAGAAUAGAAGGAGCGCCCUUCCAUGGUCAUUUGUUAUUUAUUGCCUUCCAAGAUUGUGUCGUUCUAGAUCUAUUUCAUCAUACAUAUCAAUGAUCAUUUUAAAAAUGAUAAGCCAAGUCAUGUCAACGUACAUCAUCCUGCAGUAUGAGCGAACAGCAAGACUACAACACUGUCGCCAACGCUAGAGAUGCCACACAGGAUACGCAAGGACGCACCGUCAUUUCCAAGAUUGAAAGCAUUCUAGAAGAUAUUAUCGAUGCGCUUAGCGAGAAUCGAAUACUCACCAUUCCUCUACGCAGUCGCCGGUCGGGCAACGAGAACUUGAUUCGAUUUCCAGCAAACACAGGUGCCGAAGUAAAGAGAUUCACGUGUCUUCUUCAGAUUCUUCAUAUGUGCCACGAGGCGCUGGUCUCCGGUCACGUCAUUACAAAGAGAAAUAUAUACUACCAGAAUCCAGACCUUUUCGGAAACCAACCAUACGUAGACAACUUAGUCGACGAUGUCGCCUUCACGUUCGGAGUUGGUAGAGAUGUGCUAAACAUUGUUGCCGCCUACAAAGGCCUUGUCGCAGGAAACAUCACUAUCAGGUUGAAGAGUAAUUCUGUAUUGGAUUGCAGUUCCGAUCAUAAUGGUAUCUUGAUUCCACAUGCCGAAACCAUCCAUCAAAUUGAUAUCGGUGAGGCCAAAUGGGUCAUGGUCAUCGAAAAGGAGGCCACCUUCCGUGGACUGGCUGCGUCCCGAUAUUAUGAAACGUCAGCUGCCGGAGCGGGGCUUCUGAUCACAGGCAAAGGUUAUCCUGAUCUCGUCACACGGCAGUUCCUUCACCUUCUCGAUUCUGCCUUUCCCCAAGUGCCUAUUCAUGCGCUCGUGGACUUUGAUCCCAGCGGCAUUGACAUUAUGCUCACGUACAAGCAUGGGAGUCGUAGUCUCAGCCACGAAGAGAAUAUCACAACACCCAGGCUUUCGUGGCUUGGACCCAAAGGUUGCCAUAUUCUAGGCCAUACUAAUCAGCGCCCUUCAGUAGGGAACCACUCUCAGACACACCAAUCCUUCGAUUUUACCCCACCAUCUAAUCGAGAGAUGUUAAUACCUCCACCAUCUGUGCCAGUCUCAUCAGCAAAUCCAGUCCAAGUCUUAUCUAAUCUCACUGCCUUUGAUCGACGUAAGGCGACAAAUCUUUUGAGUAGGCUGAUUAAGGAAAACAACGAGAUGACGGACACAAAUAUGGCUGAAAAUGGACUAGUAUGUGAGUUGCAGCUAAUGCUAAUGUUAAACCUCAAGGCCGAGAUUCAAGCUGUAGAUGAUGCUGGCGACCUGACUGGCUGGUUGGACGAGAAACUUUCGGAUGGACAAUACUGAUCGAUCAAGUGAGUCGCAUAAAUAUGGUAUCCAGCGCUACUUCUUGAUUGUAAUACCCUAUACCUCUACUUAAGUUGAUAAAUGAGUUCACAAUCAAUAACAUUGACUAGGUAAGUAUUGUGACCUUAGGAAAGAAGUUAUUAAUUUUUGCUGUCACGUGAUCUUUUGCAAUUCACCGUGCUAGCGUAUGCA